ACUCGACGUGUGAAGCGUUACGUAAAGUCCAGUGCGCAGACUCGUCUGUCGUCUUUUGUUUCCCUCAUUCAUAAAGCGCAAGUACCGCGCCCUCCCUCCCCCCUCCCGAGGAGACACGGCCCCUUUAACAGUGUUACGUCGCGCGCUGAUGUAGGACGAUCCGACCCCCGUCCGUACACCGUGCCAUCUCCCGUGCCAUCCCCCGUGCCAUGGCUCCGGGCCCCGCCAGCAUGCAGCCUCCAGCCCGCAGCCCCGAGCUCCCCGCAGCGGACCCGGACGUGAAGCCGAAGCAGAGGCACCGGUAGACGGGCAGAGCGGGAGAGGGGAGCCGUGGAGGGCCGGUGGUCGCGCUGCUCCAUGCAUGCCGUGGUCUGGAGCCAGCCUCGCGGAGAAGCGGCGGUGACGGCGGCGGUGACCGCGGGGGAGACAUGACAGCGAGCCGGGACUAUUCCGUGAAUCUGUCCGUGCAGCAGGUGCUCAGCCUCUGGGUCCACGGCUCCACGCUACAGCACUUCACAGAGAUGUGGUACUGGGUGUUCCUGUGGACUCUCUUCUCGUCGCUCUUCGUCCACGGGGCGGUGGGGCUCCUCAUGUUCGUCAUGUUGCAGAGACACAAGCGAGGACGUCUCAUCACCGUGGUCCUCAUCAGCGUGGGCUUCGUCUGCUCCCUGUGCGGCGCCGUCAUCACCAGUGCUGCGGUAGCUGGAGUUUACCGUGUGGCCGGUAAAGACAUGGCACCGAUGGAGGCUCUGGUUUUCGGCGCGGGUCAGACCACUCUGUCCAUCAUCAUCUCCUUCUCUCGAGUCCUGGCCACUCUCUAGAAGGAAGAUCUGGAGAUGGCCCCGCUGCUCCUGACAGGUUUAACCCAGAGACACUGAAGGACGGGUCAAAUGCACAGGAUCAAUUUUCUUACAAGGACAACAAAUUUUAACUUGAUUUUAACCGCGAUUUAAAAACUGCACUAUGCCACCUUGUUUUGGUGACGGGGCCGAUGCCUAUGCUGUUGCUUUACCUGGAAUGUUCCACAGUAAGGCAUUAAACGCAUCUACCUCCAUCACGAGCAUGGCCAAGUUACAGGUCAGAUCUGUGGAGAGGUCGCCCCAAAGCCUUGCUUCUGUAGUUGACUAAAUGCAAGAUGAAUCAUUUUUCAUGUCUUACUGUGGAACAUUCCAGACAAAGUAAUCACUUUUCCACCAAGACAAACUGGAAAAGUUCUGAAGUGCCCCUUAAAGGUUUUACAUUACACAGAGUGGAGUCUUGUGAGCUUUAAACAUGUUCUAAUGUUGUUCCCUCCUCAGAAACAGACCUGGAGUUGUGUUUUGUUUCAUUCACACAUGUUUGAGUAACACUUCUACAUCUCCAAAACUCAUCAUGCUCUGUCCCACCUUGUGAUGUCAUGAAGUGGUAUUUUUCAUGUUCAGGUUUCAAGACGCUUUACAGAUCAUUCUUCAUUUGCUCCACACUCGGUGGUGGUAAGACAUGGAGUAAGAAAGCUUUCAGAAAUAUUCAUGUGCAUAGAAUAGAAAUCUGUGUGCAUCUUCAUAAACUCUCAAAUGAGUCCAGUCAUACAUAAAAUGUGCUGUGUGUAUUUUAUCCAUCAGAAUACAAAUUGAAAAGUUACAACAUUAAGAAUUACAAUCAUGAAAUGAAAAUUUAUGAUUACACUUUCUUCAGUACGAACACGAAUCCACAGACUCGACUGUCAAAAAUACAACAUCACUUCACAGGCUUUAUUUACUGAGCAGAAGAAACAUCAAGAGAUGAAGACUGCACAUGCAUCACUGUGUCUCUGUGGCAGUGUAAGUUGUAGCAGUGCAGGUCAGUUGUAAUGAACCCACCUGUUCCUCAGCUGUUGUAGCUCGUUGUUGUACCAUUACUGUUUUUACCCACUGGUUCACCUAAAUAUACAUGGAUUUCUAUUCUAUGCAUAUGGAUAUUUCUGAAAGCUUUCUUAUGUCAUAGUAAGCUACUACUGUAGCGAGGCUGCCAAUCUGCACCACUGGUCCCUCUGGCCACCACCAUCACUCACACACACACCACUUUCAUACUAGGCAAUGAGGGUGAAGUGCCUUGCCUAAGGACACAACAUUUUUUGUGACUGGCAGCCCUCUGUGGCUCCUGAUUUUUCCAGUGUCUCCAACACUUUUGACAAUAUAUCAAUACAGCAGCCCACGAUAUCGAUACUGUAUUAUCACAUUAAACGGUACGAUAUUUCGAUAUUUCAAUUAGGGGUGUCAAAUUAUCGCGUUAAUUGCGAUAAUUAAUUGUAAUUAAUUACAGUCAUAUUUAGCGCGUUAUGUUUUUUAAUCGUGUUAAUCUUAUUUUUAAUCUCUAACUUUACUGUUUCUGUAUGUGAGUUGCUUUAUUAUAAAAUCUGUUUUUAUCUGUUGUUAGACAGUCCUGCUCCGUUCGCUCCCACAAAGAAUUGUAAUUUUCAUUCCCGUUCUUGUCGCAUCUGUGAUAAACCUGCACAUGUCUGAUCUGAAAACAUCGUGACACAAACACAGAACAGACUCACCUUCAGCAGAACAUCCCUCUGUCAUAGAAAGAACAUCUAUAUUCCACUGAGUCGUGUCCUUAAGUCCAACAGAAGCUGAACCGCAUCAGUGACACAAGAGCGUUUUUUUUUUUCUUUCUUUUUCUCCACUUAGUUUAUGCAAAUGAGCCAUGUGGUUUUAAGUUUAGUUUCUGUGAGACUUGCACAAAUCUGCAUUAAACACAUCAUAAUGUCAAACGGGCUGAUGUGGCUCUAGUGGUGAUGGUUUAUAUGUUGUAAAGUUGAGUUUAUUUAUGCAGAUUAGUAAUAGUAAUAAUGAUGAUGAUACUUAUAUAAAAACGUUAAUGAUAGUAUGAAAAUAAUGUAAUAAUGAAUUCAAAUGAAAAUACCUCAAGUUGAAGCUUUUCUCAGCAAUUUUUAGGUGAGAUUAAAAAGAGAUUAAUUAGAUGAAUUAAUUACAGAUCAUAAUUAAUUAAUCUCUCAAUUUUUUUUUAUUGCUUGACAGCACUAAUUUCAAUAUUGCACACCCCUACUUCUGCGCUUCUGAGAUCAGACUUUGCUACGGAGGUAUGGCCACACAAGCCGGUACUUCCUGUUUUACCACAUGACAUCACAAGGUGCAACAAGGAACUCCUAAAUGUGCAGGGUUUGUGUGUUAAACAUGUGUGACUGAAACAAAAACACAGCUCCAGGUCUGUUUGUGACGAGGAGGCUACAUCAGAACAGAGAUCAGAGAACAGUGUAAUACGGGGCCUUUGAGGUGCAUGAAACUCUAGAGCGCAAACCAGGAGAGCGCCAUCUUGUGUUUGCGAGAGGUUACUGCCACUUUAAGAGAAGAAUAAGAGACUUACUGCAGUGAAGGAAGAGGAGCUCGUCUUUGACCUCAGAGCCUUGUGGAUUGAGCGGAGGUGGAAGAGGAGGAUUCUGUGCCAAUAGCCUUCAUCGUAACGGGACUUUCUGGAGAAUUCUUGAUGCAUUUCUGGAAUAAAAUAACCACUAUUAAUUCAAGUAUGAGUUGCGACAACAUUAGAAUUGCCAUAUUUUAACCUGAGCUGGAGGACGGGUCAGGACUCUGUGGUGGAGUCUGCUGUGGAGCUGUCAGAUGCAGAUUUGUUGACCUGGUCUAUGGUUCAUAUCUCUGUCUUUACUGAGCCUAUCCACACGAAACAAAACCUGGCACAAAAUUCAAAGUCUUCUCUGUCAGUAUAAAUAAACAAAAGACAAACUAUUUUUUCACAAGAGCUUCAGAAAGUUGAGCCAUUAUUCCACUCUGAAGACGUGAUUGGUGUCACAUGAAAGGACUUUAAGCCAUAAGAUUAAUAUGAAAAGUAUGAAGUCUAUGAGAAGAAGAAACAUUUGUGGAUCAGAAGUUUGGAGAUUUCUUCCAAAAACAGUGAAUCUCCCACAGAGUCAUAGGCCCCGUCCUCCAUCUGAAACGAUGACGUCAUCACAUGUUGCUCAGUGAUGCAUUCAGAGCCGCUUUCAAACAAGAUCUGAAGGAAAACUGAAGCUUUUCCAUCUACGACUUAAAUUUUAGAGGCAUUUUAGUCUCACCACUGGACUGAUGAUGUGUUUAAGGUUAUUAGGACAAAACAGUGUCAAAACUCACACUUCUGAAGGAAGUUCUGCAAACCAGCAGCUCCAGGAGGAACAGGUGAAUUUGUGCCAACAUAAAGGACCUUUUACAGUGGAAGAAGCAGACGGAUCAUUUUAAACAUAUUAAAUGAUCACACAAGGUUUAAUCUUAUUGAUUCCACAGACAGACUUUGACUAUGGCUCUUAUUCUUUUGUUUACAGUGUUUUGUGCCAUUCGAGUUUGAGCUGCCAAAACUUUUACUAAAAAUGUGCCAUUCAAACUGAAGACCUCACUAAUGGAACAUCUGGUUUAAACUUGGUCUGGAAUAUGUUUUGAUAAAUACAUUAGAUAAUAUUCUAUUUAAACAGCAAUUAUAUCUGCAUAUAAAGUAGUGUAGAUGCAACAGUGAAUAAUGAUUAUAGCUCUAAUACCUUUGCUCUGCAUUCUGAU